AUGUCUCAGCCCACUACGUAUGGACCGGAGUACAACAUGUUUCUCCCAGAAUACACUCGUCCCGUCCCUCUUACCCGCCGCGACGAUAUUCCUCGCUGCCCCGGCGGUACACCCAAGUACGAGUUCCGCCACGAAUUCCUCACCCCCCGACCCUGUGUCACGGAAGACGAAGUCAAGAUGGUCCGCGGCUCUGCCUACAAGCCUUUGAAGACCUUUGCCAACGUGCCAGCGGGCGAAAAGAAGCCUGUGCGUAUCUCUCGCGAUGAGUACGUUGCCAUCCGCGACUGGCGUGCUGCCAACGGGGUGGCUCCCUUCAAGAAGUCCAACUUCAAGACCAAGUGGGGUGAGAAUCACAAGAAUGCGUGGGAUGCCUACUACAUGACUCAUGCUCACGAUCAACCAAGAGCUUAG